AUGAUGCAGAGACCACCUCCUGAAGAUUUCUCCUUAAAGGAGACAAGACCUCACCUCGGUGGUGGAAAAGUCACUGGAGACAAACUCACCAGCACUUAUGACCUCGUUGAGCAAAUGCAGUAUCUCUAUGUCCGUGUGGUCAAGGCCAAGGAGUUACCCGGUAAGGACUUAACCGGUAGCUGUGACCCUUACGUUGAGGUUAAGCUCGGAAACUACAAAGGAACCACACGGCAUUUCGAAAAGAAGUCUAAUCCAGAGUGGAACCAAGUUUUCGCCUUUUCGAAAGAUAGGAUUCAAGCUUCUUUCCUUGAAGCUACUGUGAAGGAUAAAGAUGUUGUGAAAGAUGAUUUGAUUGGUCGGGUUGUGUUUGAUUUGAAUGAGGUGCCUAAGAGAGUUCCUCCUGAUAGUCCCUUAGCGCCUCAGUGGUAUAGGCUUGAAGAUAGGAAAGGAGAGAAAGUUAGAGGGGAGCUUAUGCUUGCUGUUUGGUUUGGUACUCAAGCUGAUGAAGCUUUCCCUGAAGCUUGGCAUUCAGAUGCUGCAACAGUUAGUGGUACUGAUGCUCUUGCUAACAUCCGUUCCAAGGUGUAUCUAUCUCCUAAGCUUUGGUACGUGAGGGUUAAUGUCAUUGAAGCUCAAGAUUUGAUACCGAGUGAUAAAGGUAGAUACCCUGAGGUUUAUGUGAAGGCUAUAGUGGGGAACCAAGCGUUGAGGACUAGAGUGUCACAAAGCAGGACUAUUAACCCCAUGUGGAAUGAAGAUUUGAUGUUUGUAGCAGCUGAGCCUUUUGAGGAGCCUUUGAUACUCAGUGUGGAAGAUAGAGUUGCUCCGAACAAAGAUGAAGUGUUGGGGAGAUGUGCGAUUCCGUUGCAGCAUUUGGACAGGAGGUUUGAUCAUAGGCCGGUGAACAGCAGGUGGUAUAAUCUCGAGAAGCAUAUAAUGGUCGAUGGAGAGAAGAAGGAGAUCAAGUUUGCUAGCAGGAUUCACAUGAGGAUUUGCUUGGAAGGAGGGUACCAUGUUCUUGAUGAGUCUACACAUUACAGUAGUGAUCUUAGACCAACGGCUAAGCAGCUGUGGAAGCCUAACAUCGGUGUGUUGGAACUGGGGAUACUUAAUGCGACUGGUCUGAUGCCUAUGAAGACUAAAGAUGGUAGGGGAACAACUGAUGCGUACUGUGUUGCGAAGUAUGGACAGAAAUGGAUCCGAACUCGGACAAUUAUAGACAGCUUUACACCGAGGUGGAACGAGCAAUACACUUGGGAGGUUUUUGAUCCAUGUACUGUUGUCACUGUUGGUGUUUUUGAUAACUGUCAUCUCCAUGGUGGUGAGAAGAACGGUGGAGCUAAAGAUUCAAGAAUUGGGAAGGUGAGAAUCCGUCUCUCUACUCUCGAGACUGAUCGUGUCUACACACAUUCAUACCCGCUUUUGGUGCUGCAUCCUAAUGGGGUCAAGAAGACGGGAGAGAUUCAUUUGGCUGUGAGAUUCACUUGCUCCUCAUUGCUCAACAUGAUGUACAUGUACUCGGUUCCUCUUUUACCGAAAAUGCAUUACAUCCAUCCUUUAACGGUUAGCCAGCUUGAUAACUUGAGGCAUCAAGCGACUCAGAUUGUGUCAAUGAGGCUUACAAGAGCAGAGCCACCGCUAAGGAAGGAAGUAGUUGAGUACAUGCUUGAUGUUGGCUCUCACAUGUGGAGUAUGAGGAGAAGCAAAGCGAACUUUUUCAGGAUUAUGGGAGUAUUGAGUGGGUUAAUAGCAGUGGGGAAAUGGUUUGAACAGAUCUGUAACUGGAAGAAUCCAAUCACUACAGUCUUAAUCCAUCUCUUGUUCAUCAUCCUGGUGGUCUAUCCUGAGCUAAUCUUGCCCACCAUCUUCCUCUACCUCUUCCUUAUAGGCAUCUGGUACUACCGUUGGAGACCGAGGCAUCCUCCUCAUAUGGACACACGUCUCUCACACGCUGACUCAGCUCACCCUGACGAGCUGGAUGAAGAGUUUGACACCUUUCCUACUUCCAGACCAUCUGAUAUUGUCAGGAUGAGGUAUGACAGGUUGAGGAGUAUUGCUGGGAGGAUUCAGACUGUGGUUGGUGAUCUUGCAACUCAAGGAGAGAGGCUUCAGUCUUUACUGAGCUGGCGUGAUCCUCGUGCAACAGCGCUCUUUGUCUUGUUCUGUUUGAUUGCUGCUGUUGUUCUCUAUGUGACUCCUUUCCAGGUUGUGGCGCUUCUGGUGGGUAUCUAUGUCCUGAGACAUCCGAGGUUUAGGUACAGGCUACCGUCAGUUCCUCUCAAUUUCUUCAGGAGACUUCCUGCAAGAACUGAUUGCAUGCUCUGAGAGCUCAAAGAAAAAAAACUGCACUCUCUUUCGCUUCCCAUCUUGAAGAAAAUUUCUCCAGACUUGUUAGUUUGUGCUUAUUUAAGAAGUAAUGAUGACUCUUUUGUUUGUUGAUGAUUAUGAUGUUUGUUUGUUUUUUUAACAUUACUAAGACAAUUUGUUUGAAAUUAGUAAAUCAGUAUCUGUGUGUGGCUUUGAAGUUCUCUGCUCUGGUUAGUUAGUCCUCUAUGUUAUUUCUUUGUUCACAUUUUCAUAGUCACAAGUUUGGUUGGAGACAAAGUAGUUAACAAGUUUC